UGUUGCGGGAAUUGAGUGCUGUUACGGCGCAGUCAUUUAUUUUACUUUGGGGGAAACUCCUCUGGGCUGUCAGCUUCCUAAGAAAGGAGAAGUUUGAAAAGCUGAGGCAAUAUGAGGCGACUACUUUCCCAGGAGCACCAGAUCCAGGGCUCUAGCCCGUUAAGAUGGCGCUGAAAAAUGAACAAAGAUUAGACACCUCCACGCUGAAGAAAGUCGCCGCCGACAUGAGCCAUAUAAUAGAAAACCUGGAUCCCCAGGAGCUCCACGUUGAUGGCGAAGAGGUGGAUUAUGAUGUGCCGGGGGAACCCAUGCAAAUCCCGUACCGUGCCAUUUAUAAAACUAAAGGAUUCAAAGAGCCUGAGAUAGUGGUGUUCCUAAAGGGAUGUCCAAUUAAUGCCAGAGUUCUGGAGGUUGAACGCUUUACCUCAACAACAAGGGUACCCAGUGCAAAUCUUUACACGAUUGAGUUGACGCAUGGGGAAUUUACAUGGCAAGUCAAAAGGAAAUUUAAGCACUUUCAAGAAUUCCACAGAGAACUGCUCAAAUAUAAAACUUUUAUCCGAAUUCCUAUUCCCACCAAAAGGCACACAGUUAGAAGACAGAAUGUCAAAGGAGAAGAACCCAGAGAAAUGCCAAACUUGCCCCAGACGUCUGAAAACAUGAACCGAGAAGAGCAGUUCUCUAGUAGAAGGAAACAACUAGAAGACUACUUAACCAAGCUACUAAAAAUGCCCAUGUAUAGGAACUACCAUGCAACAACAGAAUUCCUUGAUGUAAGCCAGUUGUCUUUCAUCCAUGAUCUGGGUCCUAAGGGCAUAGAGGGUAUGAUCAUGAAAAGAUCUGGGGGACACAGAAUCCCGGGUUUGAGCUGCUGUGGACAAGGAAACUCCUGCUAUCGCUGGUCAAAACGAUGGUUAAUUGUGAAAGACUCUUUUUUGUUCUACAUGAAGCCCGACUGUGGUGCUAUUGCCUUUGUCCUGCUGGUAGAUAAAGAAUUCAGGGUUACUAUAGGGAGGAAAGAAACAGAGACCAAGUAUGGAAUCCGGAUCGAUAAUCUUUCAAGGACAUUGAUUUUGAAGUGCAAUAGUUACAGACAUGCUCGGUGGUGGGGAGGGGCAAUUGAAGAAUUCAUUCAGAAGCAUGGCUCCAACUUUCUCAGAGAUCACAGAUUUGGGUCUUACGCUGCUAUCCAGGAGAACACUCUAGCCAAGUGGUACGUAAAUGCAAAGGGUUAUUUUGAAGAUGUGGCAAAUGCAAUGGAAGAAGCAGAAGAAGAAAUUUUUAUUACAGAUUGGUGGUUGAGCCCAGAAAUCUUCCUGAAACGCCCUGUGGUAGAAGGAAACCGCUGGAGAUUGGACUGCAUUCUCAAAAGGAAAGCGAAAGAAGGUGUGAGAAUUUUUGUUAUGCUCUACAAAGAGGUCGAACUAGCUCUUGGCAUCAACAGUGAAUAUAGCAAGCGGACAUUAAUGCACUUGCACGACAAUAUUAAGGUAAUGAGGCACCCAGAUCAUGUGGCAUCUACAGUGUAUCUUUGGGCUCAUCAUGAGAAACUUGUUGUCAUAGACCAGUCUGUGGCUUUUAUCGGUGGAAUCGAUCUGGCCUACGGGAGAUGGGAUGACAACGAACACAGACUGACUGACGUUGGCAGUGUUAAGCGAGUCACCGCGGGACAGUUGAUAACACUACAAGGUGCAACAGUAGAAUCGUUAGAAGCCUUAAACCUCAAAGAUACCGUGGAAUCAAAGAAAACACUCCUAGUCCAGAAAACCACUGAUGAUAUGGAUUCCAAAAUGAAAGGAAUAGGAAAACCAAGGAGGUUUUCCAAAUUCAGCCUUUACAAGCAACUCCACAGACACAACCUGCCAAAUGCUGAUAGUGUCAGUAGCCUAGACAGCUCAUCAAGUUAUUUUAAUCACUGUAGAAGUCGUCAGAAUUUAAUCCAAGGUUUAAAACCCCACCUGAAAUUCUUUCAUCAUUCCAGUGAGUCUCAACAAGGACUCGCGGAAUUUGACGAGGAUAAAGGAUCCCUCCGCAGUUUACAGACAGGUGUUGGGGAAUUACAUGGUGAGACCAGAUUCUGGCAUGGAAAAGACUAUUGCAAUUUUGUCUUCAAAGACUGGGUUCAGCUCGAUAAACCCUUUGCUGAUUUCAUCGACAGAUAUUCCACUCCACGGAUGCCAUGGCAUGACAUCGCCGCCGUCGUUCAUGGGAAGGCAGCUCGAGAUGUUGCCCGCCAUUUUAUCCAGCGCUGGAACUUCACAAAGAUUAUGAAAUCAAAAUAUCGAUCACUCUCCUAUCCAUAUCUGCUGCCAAAAUCCCAAACCACAGCCUCUGAGAUCAAACAUAAAGUACCCGGGUCUGUUAAUGCCAAAGUACAGUUGCUCCGCUCUGCUGCAGAUUGGUCUGCUGGGAUAAAGUAUCACGAAGAAUCUAUCCACUCGGCAUAUGUCAGUGUGAUAGAGAACAGCAAGCACUUUAUAUAUAUUGAGAACCAGUUCUUUAUUAGCUGUGCUGAUGAAAAAGUUGUUUUUAACAAGAUUGGAGAUGCCAUUGCAUGUAGGAUCCUGAAAGCACACAGAGAAAACCAGCGCUAUCGUGUCUACGUUGUGAUUCCACUGUUGCCUGGAUUUGAAGGAGACAUUUCAACUGGAGGAGGAAAUGCAUUGCAGGCAAUAAUGCACUUCAACUUCAGAACCAUGUGUAGAGGAGACAGUUCUAUCAUUGGACAAUUAAAAGCAGUGAUUGGUGAUCAUUGGAUAAAUUAUAUAUCAUUUUGUGGACUUCGAACAUACGCUGAACUGGAAGGAAACCUAGUGACUGAACUCGUAUAUGUUCACAGCAAGUUGCUUAUAGCAGAUGACAACACUGUCAUUAUUGGUUCUGCUAAUAUAAAUGACCGAAGCAUGCUAGGAAAGCGUGACAGUGAGAUGGCCAUCAUCGUGGAGGACACUGAGACUCUCCCUUCCAUGAUGGACGGAGAGGAGUACCAAGCUGGCAGCUUUGCACUGACGCUUCGACUCCAGUGCUUUAGGCUUGUCCUUGGCUGUCUUUCUGACCCAACAGUUGAUGUUCAGGAUCCCGUAAGUGACAAAUUCUUCAAGGAGGUGUGGGUUUCAACAGCUGCCCGCAACGCCACGAUAUUCGAUAAGGUGUUCCGCUGCCUUCCCAGUGACCAGGUCCGUAAUCUAAUUCAGCUGCGAGAGUUUAUAAGCAAGCCCAUUUUAGCAAAGGAAGAUCCCGGCAAAGCUGAGGAAGAAUUAAAAAAGAUCCGUGGAUUUCUCGUACAAUUCCCCUUUACUUUUCUUCUGGAUGAAUGCUUGCUUCCUUCUGUGGGAACGAAAGAGUCCAUGGUGCCCAUGGAGGUUUGGACUUAAAGAUUUGGAUUUCGCUCCUCGGGGACUUUAGUGAGGUCCCUUUUUAAGAAAGUAUAUUGUGUUUAGGUUGUGGUCCUGAGAGAGACAAGUUGGAAGUGGAUCGUCAUUAAGGCUGUCUGUUCUUUUGAAAGAAAGAGAUUUUUAUACCCAUUCAUAUUCUCUUUUUCAUGAACAAAUAGAUCUUUUCUUUUGAAAGCGGAGAAUAGGAAUGUGCAGCAGCAGUAGAUGAGCAGGCAGGGUGGUUUGCCAAGGUCAUCUGCAUCUUCGGAAACUCCUUAAUCUGUUCACCGACUAACUCUAUCUCAUUUGGGCCAGUGUUAAUAAUGAUGGUAUUUGUUAAGCACUUACUAUGUGCCAAGCACUGUUCUAAACUGUGGGGGAGAUACA